AUGUCUGGAGCCGGGGCCAAGAGAGGGGGCCUUUCAGGCUAUAAUUAUGGAGCCAUGUCAUCCCUUGUGCUUAUGGCCGAUAAGCGCUCCCUCCCAAGACGUGACCGCGAGCCCGACGGUGCACCUGAAUCACUCGUUGGGAAGAUUGACCCCAAGGAAAUGGGUUCUCGCAUUCAGAGAACUGCGCCAUCGGAUAUGGACAAAAAAAAGAAACGAGCUGCUGUCGAAGAUGCGGACCAUUCACAGAAGCGUAGAGCGCCCGUGGACAGUGUUGGCCACACUGACAUUAUCGAAGCAACGCAGUUCGUAGAAGGAAUCCUGUAUAGGCCUAGAACUGCGGAAACUCGAGAAGUGUACGAACUCUUUUUGUCUACAGUCCAUCGUAUCCUCGGUGAUCAGGCUCAGGAUGUUAUACGGAGCGCAGCAGAUGCGGUCCUACAAACUAUGAAGACCGACGUGAUGAAGGACUUUGACAAGAAGAAAGAAAUUGAAAACGUCCUCUUGGGGUCUAUCUCCAAUGAAAUAUUUGCUCAGCUUUUUUCUCUUGCGAAAAAGAUCACUGACUAUCCGACCGACGAAACAACUGUUGUGGACCCUGAUGCCGACAUCCAAGGGGCUGAAAUUGAUGACGACGUUGGAGUCGCUGUCGUUUUUGAAGAUGAUGAGGAGGCGGAAAACGACGACGACGAGGGGUAUGAAAUUCGCGAUGACUCGGAUGUCACCGAUGAAGAGGGAGAUAUUGGGGUGACGGACAAUGGAAUCGAUCAAGAGAAUGAAACAGCCCCAAUCGUCGUGGGCGAGGCUCGCAAGUCUCAACAAACGUCCGCCAAAGUGUCCAACACUGUGUCACCUCACGAAGUUGACGGGUUCUGGUUGCAACGGCUUAUUUCGACUGCAUACCCCGAUCCUGUCACCGCUACCGACAAGACUGCGUCUGCCCUCAAUAUCCUCUCAUCUGAAGCUAACCUGCGUGACUGCGAAAACGAGCUCAUGGAACUGUUUGAUUAUGACAAAUUUGACCUGGUGCGGAUCCUGACGAAGAACCGUGAUGUGAUUGUUUGGUGUACCAAGUUAUCCCGCAGUGAUGAAGGCGAACGUCUCAGCGUCGAGGUGGCAAUGCGCGAGAAAGGUGUUGGUUGGAUUUUGAAGCAGCUUUCCGGGGACCGCACCAAACAAUUUGGUGUUGGUGAGCAUGGCAUUGACAUAGAGCCGCAGAGUGGUCAGGCCUCGCUGCAUUCGAAUUUUCAAGCGCAGGCCAGUCAGCCCCGUCAAACUGUGGACUUGGACGGCAUGGCGUUCAGCCAAGGGGGUCGCUUGAUGUCGAAUAAGAAGGUUACCCUCCCUGAUGGCUCUUUCAAACGGUCCAAAAAAGGAUACGAAGAAAUUUACAUUCCUCCGCCAAAACCAAGUCCACUCAAUCCUAAUGACCUCGUCCCUAUCGAAAGUAUGCCUUCCUGGACAAGACUGGCAUUCAAGGGAGCCAGGACUCUGAAUCGAGUCCAGAGUAAACUGUACCCGAUCGCGUUUGGGUCCGACGACCCUAUUCUUUUGUGUGCACCAACAGGAGCUGGCAAGACCAAUGUAGCUAUGCUUACCAUCCUUCAUGAGCUCGGGAAAACUCGUGAAGAAUCCACUGAGGCCUUCGAUUUGACCCAGUUCAAAGUUGUCUACAUAGCCCCCAUGAAAGCCUUGGUUCAGGAAAUGGUAUUGAACUUCUCUCAAAGGCUAGAGUCCUUUGGUGUCCAAGUAGGGGAGCUCACCGGAGACAGUCAGAUGACAAAACAACAAAUAGCAAAUACUCAAAUCAUUGUGACAACUCCCGAGAAAUGGGAUGUUAUUACCCGGAAGAGCACUGACACAAGCUAUACCAACUUGGUGCGCCUCAUCAUUAUUGAUGAAAUUCACCUUUUGCACGAUGAGCGAGGACCCGUUCUCGAAAGUAUUGUGGCUCGCACGAUUCGCCGCAUGGAACAAACCCAGGAUUACGUUCGGCUCGUCGGACUGUCUGCUACAUUGCCGAACUACGAGGAUGUGGCCACCUUCCUUCGUGUGGAUCCAUCCAAGGGGCUUUUCUACUUUGAUGCGUCGUAUCGCCCAUGUGGUCUGGAACAGCAAUUCGUAGGCAUUACAGAGAAAAAGGCGAUCAAGAGAUAUCAGAUUGUCAAUGAGGUGUGCUACGAGAAGGUUUUGGAUCAGGCUGGCAAACAUCAAACCCUUGUCUUUGUCCAUUCCCGCAAAGAGACAGCCAAGACGGCAAGAUUUAUUCGAGAUAUGGCCCUCGAAAAAGAGACGAUCACCCAAUUUGUCAAAGCGGACUCGGCGACUCGAGAAAUUCUUCAAACAGAAUCGGAAGAUGCCAAAGAUCCUCAUCUGAAGGAUCUCCUUCCCUUCGGUUUUGCCAUACACCAUGCGGGUAUGACUCGCGAAGAUCGCAAGCUUGUUGAAGAUCUUUUCACGGAUGGUCAUGUGCAAGUCUUGGUUUGCACAGCGACCCUUGCUUGGGGUGUCAACCUCCCAGCCCACACCGUGAUUAUCAAAGGGACACAGAUUUACAACCCAGAAAAGGGUCGCUGGGUGGAACUUAGCCCUCAAGAUAUGCUUCAGAUGCUUGGCCGAGCUGGGCGUCCUCAGUACGAUACCACUGGAGAAGGCAUCAUCAUCACUAAUCAUGGUGAACUUCAGUACUACCUGAGUUUGAUGAAUCAGCAGCUCCCCAUCGAAUCUCAGUUCAUCUCUCGUCUCGCCGAUAAUUUGAAUGCUGAGGUUGUACUGGGUAACGUCCGUAACCGUGAGGAAGCCGUCCAGUGGUUGGGAUAUACUUAUCUUUACAUACGCAUGUUGCGUUCCCCUUCCCUCUAUGGCGUUGGUGUUGAUUAUCUGGAAGAUGAUCGGCUCCUGAUCCAAAAACGUUUGGACGUGAUUCACACGGCUGCAAGCCUAUUGGAGAAGGGCAACCUCAUCAAAUAUGACCGUAAACAUGGUUUUUUCCAGUCGACAGAGCUUGGCCGCAUAUCUUCCCAUUACUACGUGACUUACGCGUCCAUGUCUGUUUACAACCAGCAUCUUAAACCCUCGAUGACCAUGAUCGAGCUUUUCCGUGUGUUUGCAUUGUCCAACGAAUUCAGGUUGAUCCCGGUCCGCCAAGAUGAAAAGCUGGAACUGAGCAAGUUACUGGAACGAGUCCCGAUCCCGGUCAAGGAAAGCGUUGAUGAGCCUCCAGCUAAGAUCAAUGUCUUGCUCCAGGCCUACAUCUCCGGACUCAAGCUUGAAGGGUUCGCCCUCGUUGCUGAUAUGGUCUAUGUCCAGCAGUCGGCAGGACGUAUCCUUCGGGCCAUGUUUGAAAUAUGUCUAAAACGAGGAUGGGCUAUCCCAACCAGAGCAGCGCUAGAUAUGUGCAAAAUGGCCGAAAAAAAAAUGUGGGGAUCAAUGACGCCAUUAAGGCAGUUCCACGGCGUGCCUUGGGAUGUUAUUCGGAAAGCCGAGGGCAAACAAUUCCCAUGGUAUCGCUAUUUUGAUCUUCUGCCGCCAGAGAUUGGAGAAUUGAUUGGCAUCCCAAACGCAGGAAAACUGGUCCAUCGCCUUGUUCACAGCUUCCCCAAAUUAGAACUCCAGGCCCAUGUUCAGCCUAUCACACGUUCACUCCUGCGCAUAGACUUAACAAUCACACCCGACUUCCGGUGGGAUGAGAAGAUUCAUUCAAAGACGCAAGCGUUUUGGAUUCUGGUUGAAGAUGUAGAUGGGGAAAUUAUUCUGGUCCAUGACCAGCUCCUUCUUCGAAGCCAAUUUGCAGAAAAUGAACACAUCGUGACCUUUACAGUGCCUAUCCAUGAACCAGUCCCCCCAAACUACUACGUAUCCGUCGUGUCCAACCAAUGGUUACAUGCUGAAACAAGGUUGCCGAUCUCGUUCAAGCAUCUCAUUCUCCCGGAAAGGUUCCCAAAUCCUACACCCCUCUUGGAUCUUCAGGCCUUGCCGCUGUCCGCCCUCCACAAUUCAGAAUACGAAGCCCUCUAUUCCCACUCCAUUACUUCGUUCAACAAGAUCCAGACUCAGGUUUUCCAAGCCUUAUACAAUUCAGACGAGAACGUUUUCAUUGGUGCACCAACUGGCAGUGGAAAAACAAUAUGUGCAGAAUUCGCCCUCCUGCGGCUUUGGUGUAAGCCAGAGUUUCGCCGUGCAAUCUGCAUCGAACCCUAUCAAGAAAUGGUUAAUCAACGAGUGAAGGAUUGGCAGGCAAAGUUUGGAAGCUUGCAAGGCGGGAAAGUCAUUGUUGCUCUCACUGGAGAGACUAGCUCCGAUCUGCGUGUUCUAGAAAAACAAGUUCAUGUGGUCGUUUGCACUCCAUCACAGUGGGACUUGCUGUCAAGACGGUGGAAGCAACGCAAAAACGUUCAAAAUAUCGCAUUGGUGAUCGCCGAUGAAAUUCAGCUCAUAGGAGGAGAGAUUGGACCAGUGUAUGAGGUGGUGAUUUCGCGGACUCGGUAUGUUUCCGCCCAAACAGGGAACCCCACUCGAGUUGUUGCUUGUGGAGUGUCACUUGCAAAUGCUCGCGACUUGGGAGAAUGGAUGGCAGUCAGUGCCCAGAAUGUCUUCAACUUCGCACCAAGUGCAAGACCACUCCCCUUGCAAGUCCACGUGCAAAGCUUCGAUAUUCCACAUUUCCCAUCUCUCAUGAUCGCAAUGGCAAAACCUGCAUACCUUUCCAUCGUGGAGUAUGCCCCUGCUCUACCCACCAUCAUCUUCGUCCCUUCGCGUCGUCAGUGCCGUCCCACUGCCUCUGACAUAUGGACUUAUUGCGUCGCCGAUCAGAACGAGGACAGAUUCUUAAACAUUUCUCCAGACCAGCUCGCUCCUCAUCUGGCCCACAUUGCAGACUCGAGUCUGACCGAAUCGUUGAAACAUGGAAUAGCAUAUUAUCAUGAAGCAAUGGAUCCUCAGGAUAGUCGCAUAGUUGAAAGGCUGUUUCAAUCCGGUGCUGUGCAAGUGCUCGUUGCGUCCAGGGAAACCUCAUGGAGCCUCCCCCUGUAUUCGUACAUGGUGGUAAUAAUGGGAGUGCAAUUCUUCGAAGGGAAGGAACAUCGCUACGUGGAUUACCCUAUAACAGACAUUCUUCAAAUGAUGGGUCACGCGAGCCGUCCACUUGUUGACAACAGCAGCCGUUGUGUUCUUCUCUGCCAGCAGACUCGCAAAGAUUUCUUCAAAAAAUUCCUCAACGAGGGUCUCCCCAUCGAGUCUCACCUCCCAACUCACUACCUCCAUGAUUACUUCCUCUCAGAAAUCACAGUCAAAACAAUUGAGAACAAACAAGACGCCAUGGACAUCUUGACGUGGACGUACUUCUACCGGCGCAUGACUCAGAACCCCAAUUAUUACAAUCUCAAUUCCACAAGCCAUAGACAUCUGUCGGAUCAUUUGUCCGAGUUGGUUGAGAAUACACUCAAUGACCUCGUGGUCUCAAAGUGUAUCGCCAUUGAGGAUGAGAUGGAUGUUAGUGCGUUGAACUUGGGGAUGAUUGCGGCAUACUACAAUAUAUCCUACGUCACAGUGGAAGUCUUCAGCAUGUCCUUAAAGGAAAAGACAAAACUGAAGGGCAUUCUUGAGAUUGUUUCUUCUUCGGCAGAAUUCGAAUCUGUACCGAUCCGCCACCGCGAAGACGUGAUUCUGCGACGCAUCUACGACCGCGUUCCCGUCAAACUGGACAACCCGAGUUUCGACGCACCAUAUUUCAAAACAUUUCUCCUUUUGCAGGCGCAUUUUUCCCGUCUGCAGCUCCCACCUGAUUUAGCCGCUGAUCAAUCAGUAAUUCUCGGCAAAGUUUUGAAUUUACUUGCAGCAUGCGUUGAUGUGAUGUCUUCCAAUGCCUAUCUCAACGCACUGGGUGCAAUGGAUUUGUCUCAAAUGUGUGUUCAAGGACUUUGGGAAACCGAUUCGCCAUUGAAACAAAUACCUCACUUCGGUUCAGACACCAUUAAACGCUGCAACGAUGCUGGCAUUGAUACCGUUUACGACUUGAUGGAGAUGGAGGACGUUCAGAGAGAAGAAUUGCUACAAAUGGAGCACUCACAAAUGCGGGACGUCGCUGCGUUCGUCAAUUCAUACCCCAACCUGGACGUCUCCCACGAAUUACAACAACAAGAGGAAUACAAUUCGAAUACACCACUCGUCCUCAAUAUCACGCUUACCCGAGACGCGGACGAAAGCGACAGUGAUGAUGGUCAAUUGGUCGUCGCUCCAUUCUACCCAUCCAGAAAGAUGGUCAAUUGGUGGCUAGUUGUCGGCAACUCGGGCACGCGCCAACUCCUCUCCAUACGCAAGGUGACCCUACGCCGAGAACUCACAGUCAAGCUAGAGUUCACCCUUCCCAAGGGCCAACAUAAGUUGAAGCUCUAUGUCAUUUGCGAUUCAUACAUGGGAGCGGACCACGACAUCAGUCUCGACUCUAUCUCUGUUGUUGAAGGGGAAGAAAGCGAUGAAGAGAUGGAGUCGAGCGAUGAAGAAUAA